GAGUUCUGAGUCCUUUAAAUACAAGAGAAAUUUGCUGAGACUCAACUCAUGCCAGACAGGCACAUCUAGAAGACUUUGAAAUUGUUGGAAGAGCCUACAAAACCUACUAUCAGGAUGCAGGGACCGUGUUUACUGAUGAUCCUCACCUUUUGUGGGUCAACUCUGGGAAACCAUCUGCUGGAGCAGCAGACAGAUUUUGGGCUACGUGUGUUUUCAGAAGCUGCCCAAUCCCAUCCACAUCAAAAUCUCAUUCUGUCUCCCUAUGGCAUAUCUUCACUGCUGGGGAUGGCUCAGGUGGGAGCCCAAGGUUCCACUUUGCAGACUCUCAAACAACACAUGGGCUACUCUCUGCAAGAUCGUGGAAUGUCACGCAAACAGAGGCUUCUUCAGAGAGACCUGGCGAGUGAAGAGGGAGUGGAAGUGGCAAGUGCUGUAAUUGUGGACAGGAAGGUAAUCUUGGAGAAGGUCUUCCGACGUAGCAUGUCAAAGGCAUUUCAGAGUGUACCGCACCAGGUUGACUUCAGUCAUCUGGACAGUGCCCUGAAAGUCAUCAACUCCUGGAUGUCAGACAACACCGGAGGCAUGAUCCCAAAUUUCCUACAAUCUGGAGUGCUGAGUGACCAGACACGUUUGGUGCUGUUGAACGCUCUCCACUUCCAUGGGCUUUGGAAGAACCCUUUUGACCCUAGGCUGACUGCAGAAGGGACCUUCCACACAGCUAAUGGCAGUGAAGUGUCUGUGCCGAUGAUGAGAUCAACACAGAAGUUCAACUAUGGUGAGUUUGUUUCAAAGGAAGGCAUUGAAUAUGAUGUUAUUGAGGUACCAUAUGAUGGGGACUCGCUGAGCAUGCUCAUCAUAUCACCAUUUGAGAGGGAUGUACCACUUUCUGCCCUAACUAAAGAGCUGAGCAACAACAAAAUUCAGGAUUGGAGAGAUCAGUUGAGGAAGGUUACUCGAGAUCUGGUGAUUCCCAGGUUUACCUUAGAUGCAGAAGUUGAUCUGAAGUCAGCACUGAGCAGACUGGGUCUUGGGGAGAUCUUCAGUAAAACCGCAGAUUUCUCCCGCAUUACUUCUGAAGAGCCUUUGUAUGUAUCGAAGAUUUUACAGAGAGUAAAGUUUGAGGUGAAUGAAGAGGGAACCAAAGGAUCUUCUGCUGGAGGUGUCAUCAUCUACGCUCGCAUGGCGAUAGCAGAACAUCUUUUAAACCGUCCAUUCCUCUUUCUCAUACAGCACAAGCCAACAGGUGCUGUGCUGUUCAUAGGUCAAGUGAAUCAACCUCAGAAUCAUUAGCAAUCCCAGAAGCACUAAGUCCAAGAUCACUGUCACUGUCUCCAAACAAAUGACUACUGAGUAAGCAGGAUUGGUAACAAUAUAAAGAGUCAAUAAUAUAAAAUUCUGCCAGGAAACCCCACUAUAAAGUGUUUUAAACAAAAACCUAAAACAAAUUGGUCAAUAAGUUUGACAAAUUAUUUCUAAAUUUAGGUAUUUUUUUAACUGGAAAUGUAAGUCUUGUGUGUGAUGGAAGACUUUGUCAAUGAAGGAAAACACAAGUCUAGAUAAAUACACAGUAAAUGUUAGUGUUGUUAUAUGUUUAUAUGGGCACUUUCAAAAACAGACAGAUUUUUAAGGUUUUUAUAAAGCCAUUGUCCCUAUAAUUUAAAAAAGAAAACAGUAUUCUAAAACAAUAUUUUUAACCUGGAGUCUAUUUUUUUUUACUUUUGCAAGAAAAUAUUAUAAUAAUGUGUGCAAAUGUUUACUUUACAUAUUAUAUUCAGUGCAAAGUUGUAUUUUUUUAAAGAUCGUAUUUAUUUCUUUGUGAAGAUUUUUAUACUUUCAUUUGUGUGAAGAUGGCAUAUUUGUACAUGGAGUGUACUAAACUAUAAUAAACAUACUUUAUAAUGAAAAAAUAAA